GUUAAUGCGGGCGCGAUGGGGUGUGUGUUCGGCAAGCAAGCGUCGGGGAGGGCGGUAGAGAGGGCGGCGAGGGGGGCGAGGGGGGAGGAGGGCGGCAGCGAGGAGGUGGAGGAGGAAGUGAGGGUGAAGGUCGCGAAGUUGGAGGUCGGGGAGGCGAGGAACGGGAGCGGUCGGAGGGGGUCGGCGGCGGCGGCGGUCGAGGAUGGGGGCAAUGUGCGGGCCAGAGGGGAGCGGAGCCGGGCCCCGAGGCCGAAUCCGAGGAGGAGCAACCCGCCGAAGCACGUCCACGGGGAGCAGGUCGCCGCCGGGUGGCCGUCGUGGCUGUCGGAGUUCGCCGGAGAGGCCAUCAAUGGCUGGACGCCGCGGCGAGCGGACACCUUCGAGAAGCUCGAUAAGAUUGGGCAAGGUACAUACAGUAAUGUCUAUAAAGCUAGGGAUACUUUAACAGGGAAGAUUGUCGCUUUGAAGAAAGUGCGGUUUGAUAACUUGGAACCAGAGAGUGUAAAGUUCAUGGCGAGAGAAAUUUUGAUACUACGACGCCUGGAUCAUCCCAAUGUUAUUAAGUUGGAGGGUCUGGUGACAUCAAGAAUGUCAUGUAGUUUGUACCUUGUAUUUCAAUAUAUGGAGCAUGACUUGGCUGGACUUGCCUCGAGCCCCGGGAUCAAAUUCACCGAGUCUCAGGUCAAAUGCUACAUGCACCAGCUGUUAUCUGGACUGGAACACUGCCACAAUCGCCAUGUCCUUCAUCGUGACAUCAAGGGGUCAAACCUACUUAUUGACAAUGAUGGAAUUCUUCAGAUCGCUGAUUUUGGAUUAGCUUCUUUCUUCGAUCCCAAUCACAAGCAACAUAUGACUAGUAGGGUGGUUACUCUGUGGUAUAGGCCACCAGAGCUUCUUCUUGGGGCUACUGAUUAUGGUGUGGGCGUGGACCUCUGGAGUGCAGGUUGCAUCCUGGCUGAGCUCUUAGCUGGAAAGCCUAUUAUGCCCGGUCGAACUGAGGUGGAACAACUGCACAAGAUAUUUAAGCUAUGUGGUUCUCCUUCAGAAGAAUAUUGGAAAAAGUCAAAGUUGCCUCAUGCAACCAUAUUUAAGCCCCAGCAAUCAUAUAAACGCUGCAUAGCUGAGACAUUUAAGGACUUUCCACCAUCAUCUCUACCUCUGAUUGAAACCCUUCUUGCAAUUGACCCAGCUGACCGCCUAAAUGCUACUGCUGCACUAAGAAGUGAAUUUUUCACAACCAAGCCCUAUGCUUGUGAACCUUCCAGCCUUCCAAAAUACCCUCCAAGCAAGGAAAUGGAUGCCAAAUUACGGGAUGAAGAAGCUAGAAGACUGAGAGCUGCUGGCAAAGGUAAUGCUGACGGGGUGAAGAAAACCCGACCUCGUCCUAGGGCCAUACCUGCUCCAGAAGCCAAUGCCGAGCUUCAAGCCAAUCUUGAUAGACGGCGUCUCAUUUCACAUGCAAAUGCAAAGAGCAAGAGCGAGAAAUUUCCUCCUCCACACCAAGAUGGGACGCUUGGCUAUCCUUUGGGUACUUCGCAUCAUAUUGAUCCAGUUUUUGAGCCGCCUGAUGUCCCGUUCAGUUCCACGAAUUUUUCCUAUCCAAAAGCAUCCUUCCAGACUUGGUCGGGACCGUUGGUUGACUCCGGUGCCGUAGGUGCUCCCCGGAAAAAGAAACACUCAAAGAGGGAUGGGCAUGCACAGUCGAGAAAAGAAGCGGCAAAUGCUCGGAUGAAAGAUUGAGAUGGACAGAUGAUACAGUUUCUCCUUUUUUGUUUUCACAUGAGGAUAUUCCGGAUGCUAGGAAGACUGGAUUCGGCUACUCUAUGUUCAAGGCAAGAGAGUUAUAUUUUGUUGAGAGGUACCAUUUAUUACACAAUUUUUAUCAAUCCUUCUGUUAUGUAAAUUUGUGAUUUGGGAAGCUCUUCUAACUAUGUUGUUCCCCUUCUUUUUUCUCCUCUCACGGAAUACUCUAUUUAGGUUAUUUUCAAAUUUAUUCAUCUUUGAAAGUGGAUCUUGCGUCACUAAUUUGAUAUGUAUACCCUAGUUUUUGAAUUAUGCCAAUUUGAUUAGGUUCUUAUACGAGCUCAUGGCUCUUUUGACGCAAAUGAUUUCCUCUACUACUUAAAAUGAUAGGAUUUUUCUCAAUUGUAAGAGUAGCAGCGCUUAUGAAUGCUGGUGCUGUUGGGAAUUCCUCAUGUCCGAGUGUUUUUUGAAUUUCACUACUUGUUUGCUGGGAAUCUACUUUAAGUAGUCACGAUUUGAGAACUGACCCGCUUGAGGAAUUCAUGUUGUAUUUGUUACACAUCACUUAGUUAUGGUACGUAGAAGGCAUCUACUUGAACUGAUUGCUCUCAAGAAUCAAGUCUGUCACUCCAUGAUUUUGAAAGGCGGAUGUCGCGGACGCCACAAUUUUGUCAUCCUUCUGGAAUGUAAGGUAAGCUUUUGAUGGAUAACCAAAUUGUCUUCUUCUUACUAUCUGUUCCAACUUCUUGUGCUAUGAAGUUCUUGGGUUGACUCGGUGCAACAACCAACACUAUAGAAAUGUGAACAUGCGCAGUCCAUAGGUUUUAAUCGGAUUACAUCUUAUGCAGUCUUUGAUUCAUAAUCUCUACGGCAUCGACGAACCGUAUGUGCAUAUUUUUUGCGUUAAUUGGAUCUAUCUUGCACGGGUAAGGAUUAUGCAUCAGACCCGCCUCUUGAUGGAAAGCCAUUUUGCUUUGUCUUCACCAAUGUACAAAUUUCCCUGUGUUCUAGUAUGUAGGUAGUGGUCAGUUCUGCUCGUGCCACUACAUCGAAAAAUGAGUUUGUCAAUCUUGGAGGGAGCAGUUCUCUGCCUUUAGGAGGCAAACGGAGAACACCUUUGGAGUGACGUUUUUCUCUCCCUUUCAUUUUUUAAUUCCCAAAUCUCUUCGUAAUUGCAAAUCCUAGUCCUAGACAGCAGUUCAGUAAACCUAAGUCGAGCUGUUCCGGCAAUUGUACCAAGAGGUCAUGGGUACAUGUGCUCCCUCAAAUCUGUCCGUUAAUUAUAAAUCGAACCCGGUAAUGCCUGUCCUCAAUGUUUGCGUUCCCUCUAAACGUGUCGUUGUUCAUUUCAUGGCGGGCGAAACCAGGGCAGAUCAAGUGGAUGGAUCGCGCUUCAUCAUUCCCUCUAAAUGUGUCGUCGCUCAUUUCAUUCCCUCUAAAUGCGUCUUCAUGAAGAAGCGAGUUACCAUUCUUUAUUAUCCUGGUUUCUUCAUCCGUGUACAUGCCAUUGCCCCACAUGGCCAAGGCGAUACGAAGAUAACAUAUGUUCAUGUACAUCUAACAUACGAUUUGUUCCGUUCCACGCACGUCACAUUUUGGUGCUUCCGUGCCACUCCAGGCCACCGUUGGUACUGCAUGAGAUGCAUUAACGACAGUGAAGCAGCGAGGUGAUAGUGUGUUGCAAGCGAGAACGAUAGAAUACCGAGAAUCGAUUCUGAUGGAAGGACUCAUGCCAUAUAUAGGCAUCUGUAGGAUCAAUGCAUGAACUGUUUCAAAAUUUUCAUUUAUUUAUCCUUUCUGUGCAUGGACUAGCCAGGUGGGUUUUGCUGCCUUUCGCCAUCUGACCCACCUCACCUCCAGUUCUCACUGUUAAGAAACCCACAUAAGAGACAUGCUUGAGAGGGAGAUGCUACGGUAUCUAACCUCUCUCUCUCUCUCUUUUGCUGGGUAUGUAGUGUUCAAGAGUUGAAAUUGAGGGCAAGACCGAGACGCAGAGAAAGGUAGGUAAGAGGAAGAGCAGUUGCAGAGGUUUGACAGGCGGAUUUGCAAAAGCGAAAAAGUGUCUAGAACCUGGUAGAAGAAAGAGAAAGACCCUUCCACGUGUCCGUUGUUCGACCCAAUACCAUCAUAUACGACCCCUGAAAAGAUCGUGCUAUCCUUGGUGGUCUUCUGUGUAUAUAUAUUUAGCGUCCACAGGACAACCCACACAAUCUAUCUCAACUUCAUGCUUUAGCUCAUUUUCUAUUCCGCUUAUGUCUCCACAGUAGGGUUCAUCACUUUCCGUCCGUCUGAACGACGGUAAGAUCAUUGGCUUUGGUUUUGGAAGAGAGUGAAUCCAGAAACUGCUGCUGGUUUAGCAAUUCGAGGUCGCUGCACCGCACGAAGGUGACAUAACACAAAGGUUUUGGUUUUGGAAUGAGACCUCCUGGUGGUCCUGGCGGGCCUAGGCCCGGAGGACCAGGACCCGGACCCGGUCCUGGGCCUGGUUGGGGUCCGCCUGGGCCUCCCGGGGGUCCCGGUCCAGGUCCGGGUCCGUGGCCAGGGCCGGUGGGCUUCCUCGGCGGCCUCUUUGAUGGCUUGUGCACCACCCUGUCUUCCUGCUUGUACGUCCUGUGCUGUUGCUGGUUGUUGGACGACUGCUUCGGUGCCCCGCGCGGGCCUCCUGCCGGCCCACCAGCUCCGCCGCUCGGUCCGGCUCCGCUCCCCCCCGUAUUCCCCCCGCCUCUCCCGGGCCCGCCACCACCUGCGCCGGCUUUUGGUCCGCCACCACCUUGGCCAGCUUUCGGCCCUCCUCCACCUGGGCCUGAUUUCGGCCCGCCUCCACCCGGGCCUCCUGUGCCAGCUUUCGGCCCUCCUCCACCUGUGCCAGGUUUCGGCCCUCCUCCACCCGGACCUCCAGGGCCUGGUUUCGGCCCUCCCGGUCCGUUCGGGCCCCCAGGACCCCCUCCUCCCUGAAUUGAAUGUGAAGACAGCUUCAUCAUUGUUAUGGCAAAAAGAUGGUCAAAGUUGUAGGCCUCGUUUGUGUUGAUCAUUCUUAGGCACUGUAAGCAAAUUCCAGAGUAGGGUCUAAUGUCUAUCUCAUGAUGGAAGCAUUUCUCUCACUACGAUUCUAGGAA